UUUCAUUGGCGCCAAUAUCCAAAGUGUAUUGCAAAAGUGAAGUGUAGAGAAAAAAACAAAACACAUUCAAUCAAUCGUAACCACAAAGUGGAUGUGAUUCCUUAUCCUGUAAACUCAACUCUCCAUUCCAUCUCUCUCAGCUGCCACAUGUUCAACAAAUUAUCAAAACCACAAACACAGCAACACACACACACACUCUUCAUUUUUAGUUAAGUUAUGGAAGCUGUUUUCCUCACCAAACCUUCUUCUUCUUCUCACCUCAAAUUCAAACCACCUCCAAACCCCAACUUCCUCUUUCCCCACCACCGCCAAUCUCUCCCCAUCCGCCGCCGCAAACCCCUUCACUUCCCCGCCAUCUCCGCCGCACUCCAAAACCAGCAGGAAGCCCCCAAUGACACUGCUCAAGAAGAUGAAUCCUACGGCGAAGUCAAACGAAUCAUCGGCAGCAGAGCCCUUCCCGACGCCACCGCCAUGGAGUAUCUCAUCGAGUGGAAAGACGGCCACGCGCCGUCCUGGGUCCCCGCUGAUUUCAUCGCAAACGACGUCCUCGCCGAGUACGAAACCCCCUGGUGGACCGCCGCAAGGAAAGCCGACGAGGCCGCGCUUAAAAACAUCCUAGACACCGGCGAUGACCGCGACGUCGACGCUGUUGACACCGAAGGCCGCACCGCACUCCUCUUCGUCGCUGGACUCGGCUCAGAGCCCUGCGUGAAGGUGCUAGCAGAAGCCGGCGCGAACAUCGACCACCGCGACAACGCCGGUGGGAUGGCGGCGCUGCACAUGGCGGCGGGGUAUGUAAGGCCUGGCGUGGCGAAGCUGCUGCUGGAGCUGGGCGCGGAUCCGGAGGUGGAGGAUAAACGCGGGAGGACGGCGUUGGAUCUGGCGAGGGAGCUGCUGAAUGCGACGCCGAAGGGGAACCCGAUGCAAUUUGGGCGGAGAGUGGGGCUGGAAGGGGUGGUUAGGGUUUUGGAAGGGGCGGUGUUCGAGUACGCGGAGGUGGAGGAGAUAUUGGAGCGGAGGGGGAAGGGUGAGAAUUUGGAGUAUCUCGUGCGGUGGAAGGACGGUGGUGGAAACGAGUGGGUGAAUGCGAGGUUUGUGGCGGAGGAUCUGGUGAGGGAUUACGAGGCGGGGCUGGAGUACGCGGUGGCGGAGGCGGUGGUUGGCCGGAGAGUUGGGGAUGAGGGGAAGUUGGAGCUGUUGGUUAAGUGGGUUGAUUUGGAACAGCCCACUUGGGAGCCCGAGGAGAAUGUGGAUCCUGAGCUUGUUAAGCUCUAUGAGCAAAGUAACAAUCAAGCCCAGCCCAGUAGUAAUGGGCCUGCUUCGAAUCAGGAUGGCCCAGAAACUUUGUAAAUUUACUUGAGCCCAUAUUAAUUGUUCUUUUGCUUAAUCAUAUACAAUUUUGCAUUUUGGUUGUCACUUACUAGUAGUGUAAUGGAAUUCGAGAAUGUGCAUUCAUUAUUAUGAGAAUUCGUAAGUAAUGUGUGAAAUGUGAAAGAGAUUCAAGA